AUGGCGGCGAGUCUGUGGCAAGCCGUGAUGGGCUCGAACCAGGCAAAAGACAACUACGACGGCGUAGAAUUCUGGUCGAACCCAGAACGCACCGGCUGGCUCACAAAACAAGGCGAGUACAUAAAGACCUGGCGUCGCCGUUGGUUCGUAUUGAAACAAGGGAAACUCUUCUGGUUCAAAGAAUCCACCAUCACACGCGCCUCCAAGCCGCGUGGCGUAAUCCCAGUCUCCACUUGCCUCACCGUCAAGGGCGCCGAGGAUGUUCUCAACAAACAGUUCGCCUUCGAGCUCUCGACUCGGUCCGAGACUAUGUACUUCAUCGCCGAUUCCGAGAAGGAAAAGGAGGAUUGGAUUAAUUCGAUCGGACGGUCGAUCGUUCAGCACUCGAGGUCGGUGACUGUUAAUGAGAUCGUCGAUUACGAUAGCAAGCAGGCUUCACCUGAAAUCCCCUUUUCUGGUCAAGACAGACAGUCUUGGUGGCAACAGGUCUUCUUGAAGACAUCUUGUGAGGGUGCCUUACCUUCAAAUUUUUUCAUGGACAUUUUGAGAUUCCUCCAAAAUAAUAGUAUUACAAGUGCAAUGACACAGGUCUUCUUGAAGACAUCUUGUGAGGGUGCCUUACCUUCAAAUUUUUUCAUGGACAUUUUGAGAUUCCUCCAAAAUAAUAGUUGCCCUAGAUCUAUUGGUUUUGGCCAGACUAGUUAUUGCGAGAAAGAUCCAAAUAUUCAAUUCCUUUCGAGGAACCAAGUGAUAGCAGAGUGCUUCCCCGAAUCAACUUACGCCUUGGAUGGAAACAUUCCAAUCUCCAACUAUUGUGAAGACCUGGUAAAUUGUCAUCUGAAACAUCUAGUGCCUGUAGAUUGUUCAAGGCACCGAUUUGACAUGGUAGCAAACCAGUAAAAGAGUUAUGAGCUAAGUCAGGCAACUGUUCUGGGCACUGAACCAAAAAGGCUGUUUAGAAGGAAGAUUCAAAAUUUGCAAGCCUUUAAUGUUUCCAAAACUUGUGGUGUUACUUCUUGUGAAGUUGUUUCUUAUAAGUUGAGUUGGAAUGUAUGGAUGAGA